GGCUGAGAAUCGCUUGUUCCACCAAAAUCUCCUCUCUCUACCCUCGUCUGCUUCGUUCUUCCAUUCAACAGGACUUGUGCACACACACACACACACUUUCGACGCGCUUUUCGUCCCUGUGCGCGUUUGCUUCCGCUGGUGUGCAGCGCUGGGUUGGCUGCCUCCUGCUGCGUCAUUUCCCCUUUCUCUCUCUCUCGCUCUCCCUGUCUCACGCACACUCUCUCACUCUCGAGACGCAAGUGACUCGCGCUGCUGCUUCUGGUUGUUUCAUUCCCGCAUCAACGAGCUGGCUUCGAACAGCAGCCUACAAACAAACGCUUGCGAGUCGGGCUGGAAUACUCGCGAUAGAACCGACGAAGCGACUUCACGCGUCCCCCACCCAAUCAACCCAGCCAACAACAAGGGCAAGGUCACGUCAUAGACAAGCCACUUGGCAGUACGCUCGGAUAGCAGCCGCAUCACGAGUCCAGAACCAGUUGAGCCGACCGACGGCAAAGAGAACAAAAGAUUUCCCUCGCAGCCAUGUACGCAACCCCGGCGCCGCCCUACUCUCAGCACCAUCAGCAGCAGCAGCAACAACAACAACAACAACAACAGCAGCAGCAACAACAACAACAACAGCAUCAUCAGCAGCAGUCGCCGUCUCCAGUGGCACAGCAGCAGCAACAUGGUAGCUUCCCACCGCAGUUUGCUCAGCUGCCGCAAUACCAAGUCGCGAUCGAGCGCAUCCGAAUGAGCCUCGACCCACUCCGUGUCGACUCGCCCAUCGUCGGCAGUAGCCAGGGACUGCUGCUCCAACAGGGCCAGGCCGGCGCAGGCAGCAACAGCGGCAGCAGCACCGAGGGCCCAAUGACUCCGAACCGCACAACCACAACCGCAUCCGCAUCCGCAUCGCCCGCACCGCAGGGACACGCGCUCGCACCGUCCAAUGCUGCUGCUGCUGCUGCUGCUGCUGCUGCUGCUGCUGCUGCCGCAGUUUCUGCUUUGCCAUCCAUGUCGUUUGCACAGACACAGGCACAUCCGCUAUCGCUGCCACAGUCCGUGACCCCGCAGCGCGCUGGUGCACCACUUUCUCCACGGUCGUUUACCCCAUCCGUAGCCGACCACGCCGCGCCAAUGCCACACCAAGGCGGUGUGCAUUAUUCUUCUGCACUCUAUGGCAGCGUUUCGACGUCGUCCCCGCUUUACCAGCAUGUCUCCCCAAUACAUGGCAUGAAUGUGCCCUUCCCGGCGACGACAUCCGUGACCUCGCCCGGGAUGCCGUCCGACCUACACGUGUCGCAGAUGCAGUACGUGCCAGGAUUUGAUGCCGCCGGAGCCACGGUCAACACCCCUGACCACCAUACUGCUGCUGCGCGUGCAAGCCACAAACAACACCCUGCGCAAAACUUGCUCGGAAGCAGCAGAGCUGGUAUCAGCAGCAGUCCGCUCCCCAACACUACCACGCCACACCUUCCAACUAGCAUUAACAGUAUCGAUGCUGCCAUAGCCGCUCAACGCGCUGUGGUUGCUGCAAAGAGCAGUGCAAACAUUGCAUCCGCCGCCGCCUCCUUGUCUGCACAACACCAGCAAGACGAACGUCGGCUCCAGCAGCAACAACAGCAGCAGCAACAACAACGGCAACAGCAACAGUCACAACACCAGCAACAGCAACAGCAACAGCAGCAACCACCACCACCACUGUACAAUCCAGAAGCUUGGUCCCAACCCGCCUCCGCCUCACCCCUCGCAUCUCCGUCAAGCCGACCGUCCUCCACGACGCCAAUGUCUGAAACCAACUUGCCCGUUCUCACGCUGGGUGGCGUUACAUCCUCAACCUCCCAUCUCGGCGGCGCUGUUGUGGCGGGGUCGCCCGCCGCUGCCUCCCUCUCGUCGCGCCGACUUGACACCAUUCGAGCGUCCAUCAAAACUUACGAGCGAGAUCCUCAGUCGGGUGAUGGUGGCGCGGUGCCAUCGCCAGCCGCCACCGAUGGAGACGGGCAUGCGCAUGACGUUGGGCCCCUGCACCACGCCCAGCCCCAGCAAGCUCAGCCUGCAUCCCCACGCCGCGACACGGUGGUCAUUGCAUCACUCAACGAUCGACUUGCAGAUUCGUCAUCGCCCCCUCCAGUUCGUGUUUCCAACACCAAGCGUCUGCCCGAGUACCGUGUCGCCAUCAACCGCGAUCCUCCCCUUCUCAAUUCAGUCCGCGCGCGCAGCAUCGAGGAUGCACCAACAGAUGGGUCACCUGCACCGAGUUCCGCCGAUUUGCCUCCAAUCACUGCUGCGGCUGCUGCUGCUGCGGCGGCGGCCGCGGCGGCAGGAAUUGUCGCUUCGACGCAGCCCGUCUCCCCACCUCCGACUGCUGCUGCUGCUGCUGCUGUUGCUGGUCACCACGUCCCAGAUGCCGCGACAGUUGCUGCUGAAAAUGAAAACGUUCCUGUGCCGGCCCGCAUCCUGGAAAAGGCCUCUGUCGUCAAGUUUUACAUUGAGCAGCACUUUGAAAACCUGAUGAAGGCGUGCUACGAGCGCAACAAACGGCGAGACCAGCUCGAGAUUGAGAUGGCCAAGAUGGACCUGACCGAUGUUCAAAAGACCCAGUUGCGUCGCAUCCUCCGCAUGAAGGAAUCAGAGUACAUCCGACUCAAACGCGUCAAGCUGGACAAGUCCAUGUUCACGACCGUCAAGAAGAUCGGAGUCGGCGCUUUCGGAGAGGUUACCCUCGUUCGCAAGGUCGACGAUGCCCAUGUCUACGCAAUGAAGACGCUUCGUAAAGCGGAUGUGCUGCGCAAGCACCAGCUGGCCCACGUCAAGGCCGAACGUGACAUUCUCGCCGAGGCCGACAAUGAGUGGGUCGUCAAGCUCUUCUACUCGUUCCAGGACGAAACAAAGCUCUACCUUGUGAUGGAGUAUGUUCCUGGGGGUGACAUGAUGUCGUUGCUCAUGAAGCUCAACACCUUCUCGGAAGACAUGUCGCGAUUUUACAUUGCUGAAAUGGUCAUGGCCAUCGAUUCUGUGCACAAGAUGGGGUUUUCGCACCGCGACAUCAAGCCCGACAACAUUCUCAUCGACCGUCGCGGUCACAUCAAGCUGACCGAUUUUGGCCUGAGCACCGGCUUCCGUUCAACGCACGACUCGGCCUAUUACAAGGAGCCCGAUGCAGCCACCGUCAGCGCGUCCGCGGCCAUUGCCGCGUCCCUUGCGAACGGCGCCUCUUCACCGCCGUCGGUUUCACCCGCGCCCAGCAGUCCACCAGCAACCCAUGGCGGUGCCUUGGCUGCGGCUGCGCAGAAUGAUGCCAGCGCCCCAGGCACGCCAACAGGGCUCACUGAACGCCAGGAGCAAAUGAGGCGACUACGAUCGCAGGCGCAUUCGCUCGUCGGAACGCCCAACUAUAUCGCGCCAGAAAUUCUGCAGCGCACAGGCUACGGCAAAGAGUGCGACUGGUGGUCGAUGGGAAUCAUCUUGUUCGAAAUGCUGAUGGGCUACGCCCCGUUUUGCUCGCAAACCUCUGCGGAAACCAAACGCAAGGUUCUCAACUGGCGUGCGACGUUGCAAAUCCCCCCGCGGGCAAAGAUUUCGCGCGAGUCCAAAGACCUCAUCUCCCGGCUCUGCUGUGAAUCCUCCGAUCGUCUCGGCCGGGAGACGGUCGAGCACAUUAAAAUGCACCCAUUUUUUGCCUCGAUCGACUGGUCAGCCGAUUUGCACACGUUGCCUGCCCCGUUUGUCCCCGACGUGCGGACCGAGGAGGAUACCAGCAACUUUGAUGAUUUGCCGCAAGCGCUUCAUGUUUCUCAGCAAAAUCCUGGUGAGGUUCGAGAGCUCAUGGCCAAUCCGCGCGCGCAUCACGCUUUUGUUGAGUUUACCUUCCGUCGCUUCUGGACGCUCAACAACAAUAACAACAACAGCAGUAACAACAACAACAACAGCAACAGCAGCAGCAGCAGCACGAAUAACAACAGCAGCAACAGUACCGCCAACGCUCCGCAACAACGCGCAUCAGCUCAAGGCGACAGUCGCAGUGCCAAUGGAACUCGUAGCAGCACUCUUCCAGGCGGUGCGAGACCAAGCCAAAACGCCGCUCCUUCCAGCUCGAGCAGUCGCUCAAGCCGCGGGGGCAAAAGCAGCACCCUCCAACCUGCGCCUGAUGCCCGCCGAUAGAAAAAAAAAAAAAAAAAGCGCCACCUCCCACCCUCCAGUUGACGCUGGUCAAUGCUAAUAUAUUGUUUUUUCAGACAACCUGCCAGCCGUGCACUUGCAUUCCCCUCUUGUCUCUCGCUCCUUUCCUUUACUUUCAAAAAACAACAGAGAUA